CUGCUAUUAGAACUGAAAUUAGAAACAACAGCACAUCUAAUGCUUCCUCUUUCAUUUUCUGGAGAUGGUACCUCUACUGGUCUGUUCCUUUAUGCCCACUUUGUAAGCCGAACUGUUUUCAGAGCCUCAGCAACUGCAGGUUCAGCUCUUGCACGAAUCCACCAUGAGGUGUUUCUUUCUGCUCCUCUUCCUGGAUGGUUGUCUUUGUACGAAUGAAAAGACAUUGACCAUAGAGCCCCAUUAUCUGGCUGGUUGGAAAGGAUCCUGUAUAUUGAUUCCAUGCCAGAUCAAGUAUACAUACAGUGGUCGUCGUCUUAAUAACAUCUCCCUGAUCUGGUAUUUUGACCCUUCUUAUGAUGGCAAAGAGUAUACUGGCACCAUCUUGUACAAUAGCUCUAGGACCUCCCAAAAGCACGUGAUCCCAACAAUAGCAGGUUUACAAGAACGCGCGACAUUUGCUGGUAAUUUAAGUGAAAGAAAUUGCAGCUUGAAGAUUUCCCAGCUUCAGAAGAGUGACGACGGUUCAUAUGGAGCAAGGCUUUAUGGCAUCCUUGAAAAUGAUUUCUCUAAAAAGAAAUGGUACCAUCCUGCUUCCCUUAAUAUUCUUGACCCACCACCGAAACCUACUCUACAAAUCUAUCCCACGGAGAACAAGGAAGGACAGCCAACCAAUGUGAAGUGCUCAAUGUCUUACCAUUGCCCGGAUGAGCCAAUAACGAUGAUUCUCAGUGGCUUGGAGGAGGAACGUAUGUCUGCCCAAAGAUCAACUGGUGGACUUAGAGAGGUUCGCAAAGAACUGCGUUUUGUCCCAACCUGGAAGGACCACGGAAAAUUGGUGACAUGCUCAGUCAUGGAUAAAGGGAGAGAAAUAUCUCAUAAUACCAUGAAACUGGUUGUAAAGCAUGCUCCCAAAGGAGUGGAACUGAGGGCUGAUCCUGGAACCACUCUCCGAGAAGGGGAGAAACUUUCUCUUGAAUGUCUCGUCAAUAGCACCUACCCUGAUGUCCUCGAGUACCAAUGGUGGAAGAAUAAUGACUUGACAAAUGGAAUGAUACAUGGUUCCAGGAUGAAUAUUGAUCCUCUGGGAGGGCAUCAUUCUGGUCAUUAUAAAUGUGGAGCAAGAAAUGGACUUGGAACUACUGAAUCUGAAGAACUGCCCAUAGAUGUCCAGUAUCCGCCGAAAGAGACCAAAAUCCAGUUCCCAAGCAGGACCAUCGAGGAAAAUGAUGCGGUCACUUUGGAGUGUUCUUUCACAGCCAAUCCCCCGAUCACCAAGUACGAAUGGUACAAACACUCUGAAUCGAACGUCAUCGGCUCCCAAAGAGAGCUGCACUUUCAGGCAAUCCAGCCCAACGAUUCUGGUACUUAUUAUUGCAAAGCCUACAAUCCCAUUGACGAGGCAAAAUCUUCACUUUUCACCCUGGAUGUCCUUUACAGACCCAAGGACGUCCAGCUAGCCGUUUUAAAUUCCCAGCCCAUCAAGGAAGGACAAACAAUCCAAUUCAACUGCUCUGUGGGCAGCAGUAACCCCAGGACCAACUGGUACAAGUUGCUGGAGAAUAAUGUGGUUCGGACGAGGCCAGCUGAGUCGAGCCUAAUUACUUCCCCUGCAAAACCUGGACGAGCUACCACUUAUCAUUGUGAUGCAUGCAACAACGUUGGUUGUACUUCAUCUCCAAGGAUCUCUGUAAAUGUGCACUUUGCCCCCAAGAACGUAAAAGCCGUGCGAGAUCCCCCAGGGCCCAUCAAGGAAGGGGCCUUUCUGAAUCUAAGUUGUCAAGUGGAGGCAGCAAAUCCUGAGGAAAUGACCUACAGGUGGUCCAAGGAUCAGCAACCCCUCGAUGCUAAAGGUGCCACUCUGAUCCUCCAGGAAGUGGCUCCAGGGGAUUCUGGCAGCUACUCCUGUGAUGCCACAAACAGUGUGGGCACGACAGCCUCCCGGCCUCUUCAGCUGAAUGUCCAAUAUGGGCCCCGGAGUGUCUCUGUAACUGUGGAUACUAAAGAGGCCAUCAUUGAGGGAAAUAAUGUCUUGUUGCGAUGUGAAAAUGAUGCAAAACCACCAUCACAUUCUUAUAAGUGGUAUUGGAAUGGGGAGGAGAUUUUUCAGAAGACCUCUGAUGUCCUUGAACUCCAAAAAGUAGAAGUCUGGCAGUCGGGAGACUAUUUUUGCACUGCGUCCAAUGAAAUUUCCGAGAACGAAUCACAAUCUGUGGCCCUCAUUGUGUCCUGUGAGUAAUUAACAGUGGUAGGUCCAGGAUUCUGCUUUCCACAAGUGUUGUUAUAAUUGCAAAAUCAACAUCUUUUGAUUU